AUGCAGGUUCAUGUCUCUGACCUUGCACUACCCCAAAGUAGGCUCCAAACAGGCAUGCCAGGUGCCUUUGGAAAGCCCCAGGACACUGUGGCCAGGGUUUACACUGGCCAAGUGAUCGCGUACAUCGGCACCAAGCUGCAGAACAAGGAGCAUGUGAUGGAGGCCCUGCCCCGAGCCAAGUUCAAGUUUCCUGGCCACCAGAAGAUCCACAUCUCAAAGAAGUGGGGCUUCACCAAGUUCAAUGCCGAUGAAUCUGAAGACAUGGUGGCUGAGAAGUGGCUCGUCCCAGAUGGCUAUGGGGUUAAGUACAUCCCCAGUCAUGACCCUUUGGACAGGUGGUGGGCCCUGUACUCAUGA